AUGUCAUUGACCACAGCUCAUCUACACACACAUGAAACUCUGAAAAUUGAAUUUCUGACGAAUCCCUUCUCAUUCAUUCGAUCUCUACUGAGUCCUCUCUACAUUCAUCUGUUCAAAUUGUUUCUUCCAUCAGAAUUGGUUUCCACGAACAAGAAUCACCUAUCGAUUCAUUCCGAUCAAUUGUGUGAAAUUAUUUUACAACGAACACUCUCGUUCGUUCAUUAUUUUCAUGCCUCUCUUCUGAAUCGAUGGUUACACGCUGCUACAAUUGUACCGUUUUUUUGUGGUAUUUUUCUUACGAUGGGAUAUCUUGUGAAAGUAAUUUUGGGAUUGGAAUGGACAUUUCCUUUUGUGGUCGUGUGGAGUGUAUUAUUUGUGAUCUUUGCAAUGGGAAUUGAUCGAUAUGUAUCCAUGAUUUUGGUUGGUUAUUGUGUUGCCAUUUGUUAUAUCUGCCAAGUAUUGUUGACUUAUUUAGACAAGUCAAAUGCCACUACAAUUUUCAAUAGUGGACAAUUUCACGUCUUGUUGUGGGGUCUGUCUUUAUUACUUGUUGCAUUUUUAAGUCAAGUAGUAUUAGGCCAUGUCUGGAUCGAUUCAAAAAUCCCAGCCUUCUUAAUUCAAGAAGCAUUAUUAAUUACACCCAUUUACAUGAUUCUGUCAUGUGUCUUGAUGGAAAAUCCAUUUAUUCGAUAUUUACCAACAUUGAAACAAGAAAUUGAAAGCAAGGCAACGAAUGAGAAUUUCCAAAAGUUCGCAAGAAUUCAAUAA